AUGGGGGGCUGGCAAGUUGAACAUCUUUCUGACUGGCCACACGCUGGCUCCCGUAUCACCCACUGGUUUCGAUGGAUAUGGCGUUUCUUCGGGCGGUUUGCCCAUGGCGUGCUUUUGGGUGACCAGACCGCUCUCCUGAAUAUCGUCCGGAACAAGUUGCGCUCCGACGAUGACGGCAACGACAACGAUCAGUCCAGCACUGACAUCGAAAAACAGCAGACGAAGCGCCCCAGGUCCGACGGAAAAAAGACGACGUGCGUUGUGGCCAGCUUCGACGCUUGGCUAUACGCAGACACGCAACUGUUGUGGGCGCGCCUUUUAUGUGGGGUUUUCGUCAAGGUUGAGGCGAGGUUCGGGAAGUUCUCGGUCCGCAGAGCUCGAGUUCGGAACGCCUUCAGGGACCCAACGCUGGACGUGUGCGCGGCAGCGGCUCUAGCUACGCUGCUCGUGGGAGCCGUCGCUCAAGCAAUCGCCGAUGAGGUCGGGUGGGAGGAUGUCGGAAACGUCCUCGGUUACGGUGGCGUCCCGCGGGUCUUGUAUAUCGCAAUCAAGGGGCGAGGCGAAAACAUCUUGGCGCAAGCUCGGUCAAUGGGGAAAAGCGUUGGGUCAUCACACCUCGGGUUCAUGGCUGAGGUUGAGGAGGAGCUGCAGUUACUGCUCGACAUGAUCAAGGACAUGGGCACGGAGAAGGAGAAGUUUGCCCUUGUCGUGAGCAUCGACAACCUCGACCGGUGCCCGCACGACGAUAUCGUGCAGGUGCUACAGGCCGUGCAUUUUUUGCUCGAAAAGCCUGGGGCCAACUUCAUCCUCAUUUUGGCAUUAGACUCGCGAGUAGUGAUUGCUGCAAUUGGGGCCGGGAUGGACGACCUCGUGCGUCAACGGGUUUCUGGCUCGGAGUAUCUGGAGAAGAUCAUCUACGUACCAUUCUUCAUUCCAGACGGCACCAUGGAAGACCGUAAAAUCCUCAGCGAUGUUAUGCUGAAGGCGUGUAGCAACCCUGGUAAGUAGGGUAAAGUAAAAGACGAAGAGGAUUUAGGAGGUACUGUUCGUCGGUUCAAGCAAUGUUAUCAACUGCCGUUCUCGCUUUCGCUGUACAUAUUGUGAGAUUUUUUUCAUGUUGCUUGCGAUGAAUGUUUCUUAGCCGUAUUCCCAUAGUUUUUCUCCGCGCUAACACGUGGCAGCUAAUCAGGGAUCAGGAGGAGGAGGAGGAGGAGGAGGAGGAGUGGGAGACGGGGGAGGAAGGGAAGGAGAAGGAGGGGGAGAAGGGGGGGCGGGAGAAGGAGGAGCGAGGGGAGGAGGAGGAGAAGCGGGAGGAGGGGGAGAAGAAAGGGGAGAGAAGGAGGAGAGGGAGCAGGAGGAGCGGGAGAAGGAGGAGGGGAAGAAGGGGGAGGAGGGGGAGAAGAAGAAUGGGGAGCGGGAGAUGGAGGAGCGUCGGGAGAAGGAGGAAGAGAAGAAGUGGGAGCGGGAGAGGGCGGAGGGGGAGCAGGAGGAGCGGUAGACGGGGGAGGAGGGGAAGUGAAUCAUGUGGCAUAGUCGACACUCUCGGAGAACUGGAAGCCGGUGCGAGCGAUCGACACUACUCCUCGCAAGAUAAAAUGACUCUGCUACGUACGAGUGCCUGCCGAAAACUUCAAACUUGGUUUAUUGCCGUCCCAUGUGUUCAGUUUGUGGGGUUGUUUGUAUUUCUCGUCCUCACCUGACCGGUGACGGAGCGAGGACACCCACGGAAUCCUCCCCAAGAACAGUUGGGCGUGUUCGGCGACAUGUAUAAUGAAAACCAGUCGUUCAGAGGUCGAGCACUUGCGGUACCUUGUUCAAGUGUGACGAUAGUUUGAUACUUCGGUCGCUAUAUUCAGGCUUCACAUGCUUGUGUUUUCAUCAGAUCGUGUCCUGCGCUUUUAUGCCUUUGCAUGUGCCUGGUUCCAGACAUUCCAUCCAGCGGUCGGUGGCAUUGAAAGUCCUUCCUCGCAUCAGCCACGACGACGCUCGCAAACUCCUUAGAUGGGCCAUCAUCUCAGAGUUUUGGCCUUUCCGAGCAGCUUGCAUCGUCGGCCUCAUCGAACAAGUCCGCGACAACGAGCGCGCCGAUGGCAUGCCAAUCUACAGUUGCUAGUGUAGACACGCACAGGCACAGAUUUCAAAGAUGGUGGGCGAGGUUACGGAAGGCAACCCGUCUUCAGAACAACUGUAUGAUUUUUCUGCAGUCCGGAGGCUGCUUGCCAUAGACCAGACGAGUUGGGUGUCUCAUUCAAAGAGAUCUUGGCGUCUAGGCCUCCGCUGCAAAUGACAGAUUUCGACGAGACCGGAGACCUGAGGCUGCUCUCCUUUUCCUUCAACCUCAACCCUGGAACAGUGGCGAGUGCUACGGCAUGGUUCCGGGCGACUUGGAACUCCCGGGAUAUCACUGACUAGACAACUAUCGUCACCAUCUAGACAUCAGUUUGAGGGAACCCUGGCUCCCGUUUGAAUCCUGUCGUUGCGUGAGAGACACGACGCAUCGUUUUUGAGGUGACAUCGAGUUCUGCGGCUAUUAGCUGUGAUUCCGGGAUGGGCGGAGGUCGUGGCGUGCUCGAGGUCUCACGGAGCGGUGUCAUCCAAGGAAGCUGCUCACAGGAUUGGCGAUGGUGCCAUGAUGUGACAGGGUUCUCUGGCUGUCGUGUAGCGUUCUUUUUACGACGAAUGUUUGGAUUUGGGAAGAACUCCGAUCGACUCGAAGCGUGGCUCAGGGGGUGGAUACGCUCGGAGGGUGACGUAGACGUGUCAAUUGCUUCUUUCCUGUGGGUGCCCGAUGAACCGCUUGAUCCACGGAUGAACAAGGACCAUGAUUGGCGCUACAGUUUUGGGAUGCCUCACCCUUCCGGGCUGCUCCUUGAUUUCGGUCAAAGUGAAAUGUGUGUAUCGUAAGCGGUAUUUUACACGCGGCGAGGGCCUCUCUAUGGAUUGUGUGGUUGACUGCAG